AUGGACCCGGUCGACGCGGCGCAGGCUUACCGCAUGGCGGUGAUGGCGCAGAACAAGUCCAAGACUCCUCCUCGGCCGUGGAUGUUGACGCUGAGUAAUAAUCCGGAGGGGCAGGCGCAGCGGGCGCGCAGCGUGCGGCAUGGGUCGGAGCACGAGGUGGACCGCCUCGCCGCGCGGCUGGACGGCUGGUCGCCGCUCGCGGGCGCGAAGCGAAAGGCGAGCGGCUCGGUGGACGAGACGCGCGCCGCGAUGGGCUCGCUGCGGCUCCGAGCCGACGCCCUCCGGCGCAGCGACGCCGCCGAGGCGUCUCGCAAAAAGUGGAGGCCGUGGGAGGGCGUCGCGGUGUCGCAAAAGUGCGAGGGCUUCGGGUAG